AGUUUCCUGGUCUGCAGAGAACUCAGAAUCAACAUGAGCACAGCAGGAAAAGUAAUCAAAUGCAAAGCAGCUGUGCUAUGGGAGCGAAACAAGCCCUUUUCCAUCGAGGAGGUGGAGGUCGCACCACCUAAGGCCCAUGAAGUUCGUAUUAAGAUGGUGGCCACGGGAAUCUGUCGCUCAGACGACCACGUGGUUAGUGGAAGCAUUGUCUCGCCUCUCCCUAUUAUUCUAGGCCACGAGGCAGCCGGCAUUGUGGAGAGCAUAGGCGAAGGGGUGACAACCGUAAAACCAGGUGAUAAAGUCAUCCCGCUCUUUACUCCCCAGUGUGGAAAAUGUAGAAUUUGUAAACAUCCGGAGAGCAAUUUCUGCAUGAAAAAUGAUUUGGCCCAGCGGGGGACACUGAUUGAUGGUACCAGCAGGUUCACCUGCAAGGGAAAGCCUGUCCAUCACUUUCUGGGCACCAGCACCUUCUCCCAGUACACAGUGGCGGAUGAGAUUUCAGUAGCCAAAAUUGAUGCAGCUGCACCACUGGAGAAAGUCUGCCUCAUUGGCUGCGGAUUUUCCACUGGGUAUGGGUCGGCAGUCAAAGUUGCCAAGGUCACCCCAGGGUCGACCUGUGCUGUGUUUGGUCUGGGAGGAGUUGGCCUCUCUGUUAUUAUGGGCUGUAAAGCAGCUGGGGCAGCCAGGAUCAUCGGGGUGGACAUCAACAAAGACAAGUUUCCAAAGGCCAAAGAGGUCGGUGCCACUGAAUGCAUUAACCCUCAAGACUAUAAGAAGCCCAUCCACGAAGUGAUACAGGAAAUGAGCGACGGAGGUGUGGACUUCUCAUUUGAAGUGAUUGGUCGGCUUGACACCGUGACUGCUGCCCUGUUAUGCUGUCAUGGGUCAUGUGGCACAAGUGUUGUCGUAGGGGUACCCCCAGAUUCACAAAGCCUCACAGUGAACCCUGCGCUACUACUGACAGGACGCACCUGGAAAGGAGCAGUUUUUGGUGGCUUUAAGAGUAAGGACUCUGUUCCCAAACUCGUAGCUGAUUUUAUGGCUAACAAGUUCCAACUGGAUCCACUAAUAACCAAAGUUUUACCCUUUGAAAAAAUAAAUGAAGGAUUUGACCUGCUUCGUGCUGGAAAGAGUAUUCGUACCAUCCUGACAUUUUGAGAUCACACAAAUGCCUUCCUUGGACGCAGUCCUCUGAUUCCUGUGCUCUACAUCACCUGCAAGACAAGCCACACAUCAUUGCCUGUACUUCUUCUUUCUGUGAGAUGCCCCAAUAAACGAGAUGUGAAAGCUCUACCAAAAAGCUGAUGUGAAGUAAUUUUUCAAGCACUUGCUUAAGUCUUACUGAGAUCUGGGUAGGAUAUUGAACAUAAUCUGGGAAAUAGGAGGCCAGUAACUGAGCCUUUGUAGUCAUUCUACACAUGCCAUCUUUCCCACUGAGGAAAGACAUUUCCUGAGCUGUUCUGAAUUUUUGCAUCUCUGCAAUACUUAAUCAUUGACCCCUAGUGGACAGGAUCAUUCAUUUCUCCUAAAAUAUACAUGAUAGACUAUUGUACAUGGGCCUUCAACCCCUUUGGGAAGCCAUGCAGUUGGGACAGAUGGAGUGAGGCUGUGACUAGCACCACUCCUCAGUUAGCAAGGCUACAAGGAGAUUCUGGCUACGUGGCAAGAUCCGGCAGAAUGUCUCUAAUCACCUCAUUGCUGCCUCAUCCCAUUGAAUGGACACUCGAUGACUUCUCUAAUAUUUCAUACAAUACUGCUGAGGCUGUUGUUUCUGUUUUUCUGCAAAUGUGCAAUGAUUCCUGUAACUGGUAUAACA